ACAGACAGUUUUAAUGAUAUUGAAACAAAACGACGAAGUGUUCAAACGUGUGUGUAGUCUGUAUAAACAUUUUCUUAUUUUGGAAUAACGGUGGUUUUCGGGGCGUUUCCCACUGUCUGUCAGCAGUUUUGAUAGGUUCAAAUCGCGUUCUGUAAUGUAGCCAUUGGCUCUGGCUACUAAUCUUUCCUUGACAUGCAAGCCAACAACAGGGCACAUAGCUAGCUAGUGCAAAGAACCACUGAAACUGAAAGUAUGGAUUCCACUCCGACUAUCGGAGAGUUGUUCCAUACCCUGUGUGAGAUGGGCUUCAGUGAGGAGCAGAUCCAGUCUGCCGUGCAGGCAGGACACUUCUCAGUGCCUGAUGCAGCUGAGUGGCUUUUACAAGGUGAAAAUCUGAGGCACAAGCUGGUCAAAAAUCCAUCCCAGCCAGUUUCAACGGCGUUCGCUGCAUUUAACCCUCCCAAAGACGCGGGGAGCUCUUGCCCCCCAAGCACAUCACACUCACAGACAUCGCCCAAUGACAGUAGAGGCCCCUCUUUAGUCCUGGGACCCACGCAACCCACCAGCCCAUCCACAGACACCCCACCGCUGGAGUCACGUAUCAGGCAGGACAAGAGUGACUUUCAGGAGCAGCAGAGGAUGCGUGUGGCCAACGAGGCCAGGAACGAGAGGAGGCAGAAGAAACAGGAGCGUGAGCUGGUGCUGAAGCGUAUUGCUGAGGACCGGAGGAGCUUACAGGAGAAGAAGACCCAGCCGAGCGCCUCCACUGAGACCACGUCCCCCCCUGGCAGCAGCCAAGGCCAGAGGCUGGGGGGUACGGUCCAGACUAGUGUAGACAACAACUGCAUCCUCAUGAUCCGGCUACCCUCUGGGGAGUCCAUGCGGGAGCGCUUCCCUGCCGACGCCCCUCUGCGCAGCGUGAUGGAGCACAUCUCCGGGCGCUACCCCUCCCUGGCCUCCUUUUCCCUCCUCCAGGGGUUCCCACGGAAACGCUUUGGGGAGGCGGAACUGGCUUGCUCCCUGCGCUCCCUGGGCCUCACGCCCAACGCCGCCCUCUGUAUCCAGACCACGCCCCCAGAGACACCCCAGGAUCCGGCCAGCCCAGCUGCACGCCUCUUAUUGGGCCAGGAGGAGGGGGUGGUUCCACCCCCUGCGCUUCCCCAGCCACAGCAGCCCCAGAUACCAGAGCUGGAGGAGGAAGGGAUGGAGGAUCCCGCUCGGCCCCCACCUCUGCCUCACCAGCUGUGGGAAGAAGCAGUGGGCUACGCAGGCAUCCCUGGUGUUGGGCCCCCAAUGACCGGACCUUCUCACUCCUGGGGACGGGGCCAGAAGCUGAAUCCUGGUGAUGCAGAGGAGGCUGCCAGCUCAGAUGAUGAAGAGAUGCCAGAAGGGGGUAGAGAGCCGCCCUUCUUCCUCAAUGCAGAUAUGCCCCGAUUACCCUUCUUCCCAGAGAACCGGCUGCGUGGAGUGCUGGAGCCCAGACACCACUGGCCAGACCAGGGCAACAGACUUAGGGAGGGGGUGGCAGAGGAUCCAGCAGUGGAGCCAGAGGAGGCUGCAGGUUGUGUGGUGCCGGGGGCAGCGGGCCAGGCUGCAGUAGAGCGCCUCCAGAGAGCUGCCCAGGACGACCCCCAGGCCACUCAAGGUCACCCAUCCCCCCCCAAGAAACCCUUCAGGACGCCCAGCGUCCCCUCCCUCUGUGUCAUGGCCACCCGGGCCACAGUCAACCUCAUGACAGCUCCCAGCAUGCAGUACAGCAGCAGUCUGUCGUGUCUGACCCCUGAACUGGCCGAGCUCCUGCUCAGUCACAUGUCCCGCGAGAGGCUCCUUCGCCCGCGCACCCUGGAACUCUUUUUCGGCUGCCCGAUGCAGAAGUUUGUCCUCAACUGCUACCCGUACUCCACCAACGAGCUGCUCCGGCAGCUACGGGCCUUCACUGCACUGAAGCACCUGAGCCUGGUCAACUCUCCUCUCAUCACAGACGCAGGCCUCUCUGUGCUGUGCAGCCUACUGAAACUGCAGCACCUGAACCUGGCCUCAUGUAGCAAGCUAACAGACUCCUGUCUGCAACACAUUACAGGCUUGAAGAGCCUGUCUUUCCUGUCGCUAGACCAGACCAAAGUAAGCGAUGUAGGGAUGGUGCUGUACCUGCAGUCUGCUCCUUCGACACUCACCCAGCUUAGUCUGAACCAGACCUCUAUCACGGAGGCCACCCUGGCAGCGCUGCCCGCCUAUGUGCCCCAGCUACGACUGCUCAGCAUCAAACACACUAAGGUGAGUGACGUGUCGGCCCUGGCUGAGCUUCCCAGCCUGCAGACCCUCUACCUGGACGGCACGGCGGUGAGGGAGGGCUCUCUGGAGCACCUGGCCACCCACUCCGCCCUCUCUGCCCUCAGCGUGGCCGGCAUCUCCGUCGCUGAUGGCAACAACGUUCUCCAGAUCAUCUCAGGUCUCCGGCUGACCCAGCUGACCCUGCCUGGACGCCACUCGGUGACGGACGCCGGCCUGGCCUUCCUCUCCAGACUGUCCCUGCUGUCCGAGCUGGACCUUACUGACUACACAUACGUCACCGACCAGGGGGUCACCCAGCUGGCUACCAUGACCAGGCUGAAGAGGCUGUCGCUCAGCAACACCCAGGUGACAGACGCGGGGCUGCCCUCCCUGCGCUGUCUGCAGGAGCUGCUGGAGCUGUGUCUGGACCGCACGGCCGUCACCAGCCGAGGAGUGGCCGCCCUCGUCACCGGUCUGCCACACCUGCAGGUAUUAAGCUUGGCCAGUACUCAGGUGGGCGACACGGUCGUGAGGAGAGGUCUGGUCCACUGUGUUCAGCUCUUCAAGCUCAACCUCAGCCGGACACGCAUCACUGACCACGGACUGAAGUUCCUGAAGUGCAUGUGUCUGACCCAGGUGAACCUGGACGGCUCGGGCGUGACCCUAUCGGGCAUCGCCAACCUGGUCGCCUCCUGUCCCCACAUCACCAGCAUCAGGGCCAGCAACCCGCGAGCCAUCCCCCCUGACCAGGUCUCCGACGACAACGACGGUGACAAUCAGUAGGGGGAUGAGUAGUGCCCCCGCCCAGCCCUUUCUGAUGAGGCUUGGGUCAGCUAGCUAGUAGCUUCCGCUGUGCUCGGCGGUAUCAGCCCCAUGUUUCUGCAUCCAGCUGACAGGCUCAGCGUAGUCUGGGUGAAGAGAAACCCAGCUCUAACUGCACUGCUUCAACAGCGGCUAGUGGCACUACUCGCUCAAUCACAAGUCCACCAUAAUAGCUGUCGAAACCUUAGAAGGGUGCCUUCUUGUGCUUCUAAAGGUCUAGAUGGGAUCCCUGCUCCCUGUAGUUAAUCUCAACCCCCAUUAAAGUUAUUACGACGAAGUCUCACAUAAGUGUGCUAUGUUGAUCCCGGUGUAGGGUUCAGUUGUCCCUAAACGCAGAUUUUGGGUCAGUUUUGCAUUUCUCCCGCUAAUGGUUCAGUGUAGGAUUGGGGGAGGGAAAGCUGAUCCUAGAUCUGUACCUAAGGGAAACGUCACUCCAGAGUGUAGAUCCCCCUGGGCCUGGCAGAGGUAUAGUAUGCAUGAUGUCCAAUCUACAUAAAGCAAAGGAACUAUGAUUAGGAAUUGAUCAGGGGUAUAACCUUAAUAUAUCACAGCAUGUUUUCACCCAGAUUUUUCUGCCUGAAUUAUCUAACGAAUCAGUUAACACUACUGAGGUCCAACAUUUAACUCCAGUUUUACUUACUUCCUGUAUUGUCAAAAAACGAAAUGUUGGGGGUGGUUCAAGCUAAGGCAGGUUCUAUCUACAGUUGAAGUCGGAAGCUUACAUACGCCUUAGCCAAAAACAUUUAAACUCAGUUUUUCACAAUUCCUGACAUUUAAUCCAAGUAAAAAUUCAAU